AUGGAUGAGCGUACGCCCCUCAUUACGACCGUCUACGUAACUCGGCGUCGACCAAGAUAUCCGCACACGACACUGAAACGCUUCUGUUCCGUCGCCCUCGCGAGCAGUCUGAUAGCCAUUAUUGUCUGCUUUCUUCUUCCGGUCGCCAUACUACCUCGCGGUCACGAUUCCGUCUCUUCCUACCUUCCAUGGUCCCGUCCUUAUCCUCCCUCAUGGCCGCAGAGCGCAGGCAUCACUUUCGAAGAACUUAUUGAGCUGCUUCUAGAGACUCCCGAUGAGGAUAAGGCACGUUCAUGGAGCGAGUAUUAUACGUCGGGCCCCCAUCUUGCGGGCAAGAAUUUGAGUCAAGCUCUGUGGACAAGAGAGCGAUGGGAAGAGUUCGGUGUCAAAUCGGAUAUUGUUGCCUAUGAUGUGUUCAUCAACUACCCGAGUGAUCAUCGACUAGCCUUGUUAGAUGGGCACAAGGUCAAGUAUGAAUGCAGCCUGGAAGAAGACAUCAUUGACGACGAUCCAACAACUUCAUUGAAAGAUCGCAUUCCAACAUUCCAUGGGUACUCGGCCAGUGGCAAUGUUACCGCCCCAUAUGUGUAUGUCAAUUUCGGUACUUACCAAGAUUUUGAGGAUCUACAAGCCGCAAACAUCACCUUGGAAGGCAAGAUUGCCCUAACCAAAUAUGGUCGAAUAUUCCGUGGGCUCAAGGUGAAAAGGGCUCAAGAGUUGGGUAUGGUCGGAGUAGUCAUGUACUCUGAUCCGCAAGAGGACGGCGACAUUACAGAAGAGAAUGGAUACAAAACGUACCCAGAUGGACCGGCUAGAAAUCCAAGCAGCGUGCAAAGAGGCAGUACGCAAUAUAUCAGCACACUUCCCGGAGAUCCGACAACUCCUGGUUAUCCUUCGAAGCCAGGUGUACCUCGUGUCGAUCCGCAUGGCUCCACCCCUCGCAUCCCGUCGUUGCCCAUUUCUUAUGCCGAUGCCCUCCCUCUCCUCAAAGCUCUGAACGGACAUGGGCCCAACGCAAGUUCAUUUGACAAGUCCUGGCAUGGCGGAGGUCUGGCUUACAAGGGUGUUGAAUACAAUAUCGGUCCAUCACCAGACACCGUAGUCCUCAACUUGAUGAAUGAGCAGGAAUAUGUCACAACGCCUCUGUGGAACGUUAUCGGUAUAAUCAAUGGCACAGCAAAGGAUGAGGUAAUUGUUGUCGGAAAUCAUCGAGAUGCCUGGAUUGCCGGAGGUGCAGGAGAUCCCAAUUCCGGCUCGGCAGCAUUGAAUGAAGUUAUCCGGUCUUUCGGAGAAGCUCUCAAGGCCGGAUGGAAGCCACUUCGAACAAUUGUCUUCGCGAGCUGGGAUGGCGAAGAGUAUGGUCUUAUCGGCUCGACCGAAUGGGUCGAGGAAUACCUCCCGUGGCUCUCUAGCAGCACCAUCGCCUACCUCAAUGUGGACGUUGGCGCGCGCGGAAAGCACUUUGACGCUGCUGCAUCUCCAUUGUUGAACAAGCUCUUGUACGCCGCGACAAAUUCGGUGCCCUCGCCAAACCAGACCACCAAAGGGCAGUCAGUCGGCGACGUUUGGGAUGGCCACAUACGCACCAUGGGAUCUGGCAGCGAUUUUACCGCCUUCCAGGACUUUGCCGGCAUUCCAUCACUUGAUUUCGGUUUUGGGACCGGACCGAAAGACGCCGUUUACCAUUACCACUCUAACUAUGACUCUUUCCAUUGGAUGGACGCUUAUGGGGACAAUGGGUGGCACUACCAUGUGACUGUGGCCAAAAUAUUAGCACUGGUCACCGCGCAGCUGAGCGAGACUCCCGUCUUGUUCUUGAGCGCUCAAGACUAUGCCGAAGGUCUCAGUGUCUAUUUAGACGAUGUCAAGGAGAGAUCCAAAACGCAUUUGGCAGGGUCGAGCUUCAGCUUCCAGGCACUUGACAAUGCUACCGCAGAAUUCCGCAACGCUGCCACUAAAUUCGACGAAUAUACCGCCGACUUGACGAAAAAGCUCGCAGAAGACGUGCCAUGGUGGGAAUGGUGGAAGAAAGUGAGGCUGUUCUACGAAAUACGGAAUGCGAAUGAGAAGUACAAAACACUGGAGCGUCAGUUUCUAUUUCCUGGCGGCCUAGACCACCGGACUUGGUUCAAGCACGUUGUCUUCGCUCCUGGCCGGUGGACUGGUUACGCGGGUGCCACCUAUCCAGGCCUCGUCGAGAGCUUCGAAGACAAGAACAUUACCAAUGCUAGGAGAUGGAGUGCGAUCAUUGAAGAAAGGCUGGGAGCGGCCACAAGGCUUUUGGAGUAG